CCCAGGAGCCAGCCCGAGUCUUUCCCAGAGGCUGCGGCGGCCCCGGGGGAGCAGCGGCUACGGAGCCCGAAGGUGGCGACAUGGCCAUUGCCUCGGAAGAUGGGUUUUACCACCACUCCAACUCCAUGUACAAAGCUCCAAACAGCGCUCCACCAGAUGAACAGUCCCCCUUGCUUGAGGAACAUCCCGGAAGCCAUUAUAGCUCCCCCAAGCCUCAUGAUCGCUACCAUGGAGCCUACAUCAUCUUCUUCAGCAUGGGAAUUGGCUCCCUGCUGCCCUGGAACUUCUUUGUCACUGCGAAGGAGUAUUGGAUGUACAAACUGCAGAACUGCUCUUCCCAGGGAGCCUCAGACAUUCAGAGCUAUUUUGAGAGUUACAUCUCCAUCGCCUCCACAGUGCCUGCUGUUCUGUGCCUCAUAGGGAACUUCUUGUUAGUCAACAGGGUGUCGGUCCACGUUCGCGUCUUGACCUCCUUGGCCAUUCUGCUGGUGGUGUUCGUGGUGAUAACGGUGUUGGUGAAAGUGGACACUUCUUCAUGGCCCUUUUCCUUUUUUGUCAUCACCAUCAUCUGCAUGGUGGUCCUCAGUGGCACUGCCACCAUCUUCAACAGCAGUAUCUUUGGCCUUGCCGCCUCCUUCCCCAUGAGGAAUUCUCAGGCUCUGAUGUCAGGUGGGGCCAUGGGUGGGACCAUCAGUGCAGUGGCCUCAUUGGUGGAUCUGGCAGCAUCCGAAGAUGUGACUAGCUGUGCCCUGGCUUUCUUUCUGACAGCAGACAUCUUCAUCGUGAUCUGCAUUGGGUUGUAUCUGAUCCUUCCCAAGCUUGAGUAUGCCAGGUAUUACAUGAAAUCAGUUCAACCAUGCCACGUAUUUUCAGGUGGUUCCUUCAGUGAUGAGGAGCAGACUUCAAGCUUCCCUAAACCUCCACCACAGACCAGCAGGACAACAGACCCCAGCAUGCCACCUCUCCCCUUCAUCCUGAAGAAGACAGCUAUGCUAGGCUUCUGUGUUGUCUAUGUCUUCUUCAUCUCCAUCAUCAUUUUCCCUGCCAUUUCUUCCAAUAUUGAGUCAGUCAACAAGAGUUCUGGAUCUCUGUGGACCAAUAAGUUUUUUGUCCCUCUCACCAGCUUCCUCCUGUACAAUGUUGCUGACUUGUGUGGCCGACAGAUCCCUGCCUGGAUUCAGGUCCCAAGGCCCAAAAGCAAACUCCUCCCUGCACUAGUUCUCCUAAGGACAUUUUUUAUUCCUCUUUUCAUCUUCUGCAAUUAUCAGCCCCGGCACCACCUGGAGAAGGUAUUCUUUAAUUCUGAUAUAUACCCAUCUAUCUUCAUCUCACUCUUGGGAUUUAGCAAUGGCUACCUCAGCACCUUGGCACUAAUGUAUGGCCCUAAGAUCAUGUCCAAGGAGCUGGCUGAGGCUACUGGGGUGCUGAUGUCAUUUUAUAUAUGUCUGGGUUUAGCUUUGGGUUCAGCCUGCUCUGCCUUGGUGGUCCAUCUCAUCUAGGAAGACAGAAAAAUAUGGCAGUCCUUGUACCACUCUGGCCCUUGAAGACAUUUCAAGAGCAAAGCAAAACAUCAUGGGAAGUAACAGAUAGGGUACCCAUGGUGCCCUGGAGAAGGUGCUCUGAGUCUUCUAUAAGGAACCUUUUGAAGAAGAGAAAGAUCCAUUGGUCAAUCAUGGACCAUUGAUUGAUUUCUGUUACCUGCUAUUUUGGAGAGAACCAAAGUAAGCUGAAGACCUGGCUGCAUGCAAGCAAUUGGAAGGCUAAAUGGGGGAAUAAAGAUAUGUCCAGACAUGUAAAGAACAUAUGGUUCUCUGAAAGAAGCAUUAUAUAUUAGACAUUUGAACUUGACUAAAAGGGACACUGAGAAGAAGGGUGGGGGUAGGGAAUGGAAGGCCAGCAUUGGAGUCUUGAAGACUGCCAUUGAUACACACUAACUGUGCUGCUGUGGUCAUAUCUCUUCCUCUCUCCAUGGCUCAGGCAACUCUGUAAGACUCAAGAUUGCAGAUGAGUUGUCAAGCUGCAUCGUUGGAGGGCAUUUCCACUCUGGGAUUUCCCUAAAUUGGUGAAAUCACAAGCCCAGGCCAAAAUGAGACAUUCUGUCUUUAAGUAUAUUCCUUAUUUGCUAUGGGUCUUACAAUCGAAUUUUUUUUAAUAGUUGGGCACAGGUUUCUUACUCCUCUUAUCCAGUCAUUCACCCUCUUACUUUUGUAGUUAGUGCCAAAACCCACCCAGAAAACUCUUUAUACUAAACUUGAGUUCUUUGGUGGA